AUGAGGUCGUCAAGAGUCUCGCAGGACACGGCGCGUCUCUUCGACCAAGCCGCUGCCGCCACCGUCAGCGCGACGCCGCGCCGCACGACGCGCUCGCUGUCGCGCUUCGCCUACGCCCCCGUGAGCGGCAACGCCCGCGCGACGGCAGCGCCUCCCGACAUCGAGGACGCCAUAUCUCCCCCACCGGCUGCUAAGCGCCGACGGAAGCUCUCAAGCGAGUCGCCCGCGAAGCCCAUCAAGCAGGAGCUCCUCCUAGACGACACGAGCCCGAUCCGAGCACCGCCGACGAAGAAGACGAAGCAACCGCGCAAGCCCGCGCGCAAGACAGUCGACCCGGACACGGGCGCGACCACGGUGGCGCCUCCGUCGAACUGGGAGGAGGUGUAUGGGCUGGUGCGCGUGAUGCGGGCGCCCGGCGGCCCGGCGCACGGCGCGGCGGUCGACACCAUGGGCUGCGAGCGGCUCGCCGACCGGACCAGCUCCGAGAAGGACCAGCGCUUCCACACGCUGAUCGCGCUGAUGCUGUCGAGCCAGACCAAGGACACGGUCAACGCGGUCGUCAUGCGGCGAUUGCAGACGGAGCUUGCGGCGUGCAGGCCGGGCGCACCUCCGGGGCUGAACCUGGACAACGUGCUCGCCGUCGACCCGGACACGCUGAACCAGAUGAUCUGGGCGGUGGGAUUCCACAACAACAAGACCAAAUACAUAAAAAAGGCGGCCGAGAUACUCCGCGACGAGUGGGACGGCGACAUCCCGGACACGAUUGAGGGCCUGACGGCGCUGCCGGGGGUCGGCCCCAAGAUGGGCUACCUGUGCCUGUCGGCGGCAUGGGGCCGCACCGAGGGCAUCGGCGUCGACGUGCACGUCCACCGCAUCACCAACCUGUGGGGGUGGCACGCGACCAAGACGCCUGAGGAGACGCGCCUCGCGCUGCAGGCCUGGCUCCCGCGCGACCGCUGGCGCGAGAUCAACGGCCUGCUCGUCGGCCUGGGCCAGGCGGUCUGCCUGCCUGUCGGGCGCCGCUGCGGCUCGUGCGACGUCGGCCUGGAGGGGCUCUGCAGGGCCGCGGACAGGAAGAAGGUCGCGCUGGGCAGGGCGGAGCGGGAGACGGCAAGACUGCAGGAGGAGGACAGGAAAGCGCUGGAGGAUGCACAGAACGUCAAAAAGGAGGAGGAGCCUUGA